AUGGCAUUGAUAUCUUUCAUCGCAGGGAUAUCACGCUCAAGCAAUGUCUUCCGCACUUUCAACUAUGCAUCCGUUCAUCGUUCUUAUCAGAUCUGCGAAGGUAAACAGUAUGGGAAGGCGGUGUCUCCGUCACGUAAGCCCUUCAACGCAGGUGUGAACGUCAUCGCAGGCAUUGGCGUGCCGCAUCCAAUACGCGCAGCCGCUCUGCGUCCGCCGCGUGUCCCGUUGCCCCCGCAGGUCGGCGCGGAGGCGCGGCUUCUGUCGCCGCCCUCUGACCCGCACGAUGCGCUGUGCUUCGCCAGGGGGGGGCCACCGUCCGCGCCCGCGGCCCACCGCUCCGGCGCGGCGCGGCGCCGCCGGCAUGGCAGCAGCAGCCAGCACAGCAGCCGCCCGGCGACUUUGAACUUGGGCGCUGGCGGCGCGCCCAGUAAGCCAGCCGCGACCGUAAGGAGGAGGCCAAGCGCGCCGCGCCGCGCGCGACAACCAAAUAGCAGCCGUUGGAGAGGAGGGGGCGUCCGCCGCCCGCCGCCACCAGUCGCGGCCGUAACCAGGUGGCGCGAGCGCGGACAGAGCUUCGCCGCCUCCGCGCGCCACCGCCACCGUCGCCGCAGUCGACGAUGCGCGCGCCCGUUGGUGGACCGCCCGCCCCGCCGCCGGGGCCCCGGCCCACGCCCCCGCCCCGCCCGCGCCGCCCCACGCCCGCCGCCCCCGCCCCCGCACGCCCGCGCCGCCCGCCCCUCCUCAACCUGUGCUGCCGCGCGGCCCCGCCAACGCCGCUGCUACCGCCUCACCGUGACCCGGGGGCUCCCCCUGCCCAGCGAGCCGCGCCCGCACGUGGUGGCGAGUCGGGCCGCGCGCCCCAAGGAGAGCGAGCUAUCGAAGCGAGCGGCGCGAGCGGCGCGGAGUCGAGUCGAGGCGAGACGAGCGGAGUCGAGUGGCGCGGCCGGCGAGGCGCGAGGUCGAGCGCCGGUAGGGCAGUGCGCGGUGUGCGCCAUGGGCAAGAGCAUGAAGGAGCUGUACCACCAGCUGAUGUUCGAGCGGCGCAUGCUGCUCGGCUGCACCGUGCUGGUGGGGCUGUCGGUGGUGCUGUGGGUGGUGGCCAUCUCCACCGACUAUUGGUUCUGGGUGUCGGCGCCCACGCCCAGCGGCAUCUACGUCAACGAGACGAAGCGCUUCUUCCUGUCCAGCCACUCGGGCCUGUGGCGCAUCUGCCGCAGGGCCAUGGUGGUCACGCAGCCCGGGGACAAGUUCGACCCGGAAACCAACUCCACCAUCACCGUCGUCGGAGGACGCACCUUUUUCCGAAAAUGCAAAUACCAUGAAACAUGGCCAACUGAUGCAAAAGUGAAGAAUGAUCCCAUGAUUGACAAAACUAUUUUGAAUUACACACGAACAGAAAUAUCGUUUUCUAUCAUCAGUCUGUUCCUCAUGUUGCUGGGUUUCUUCUUCUCAGUUUAUACUUUCCGAAAUCCUCGUUACAUGUUUAAACGCCUCGCAGGGGGUAUUCACUUUCUCACAUGUGGUUCAGUUUUGGCUGUAAUUGAAGUGCUCAUCAGUUCGAUUGCCUAUGAAAGAAAACAUCUACCAGUCACUUUCCCCAAAGCAGCUGAUUACAGUUAUGGGUAUUCCAUCUACUUGGCCUGGUUUGUAUUUACUUUUAUUCUGGUCUCAGGUUUCUCGUUCAUGAUAUUCUCUCGUAAACGCAAAGGGGAUAAAGCACCCACAGAAGAAUUGGCCAUGGCUGAUGAACCCACCAUCAUUGGAAGGUAGAUUUUAAUGUGAAUUAAAGAAGAAAGUGACAGCAUGAAAAUUGAUAAUAAAGGACAAUUCAAUUUUUAUAAUACAAUUUCUUACUGUGUGAUUUUUUUUUUUCACAAGUGGUUCAAAGUGAUAUAAAAGACAAAAGACAUUGAACUGAAAAACUUAUAUUCUCAUUUAUGUCACCCAAUAUGCUUCCACAAAGAGUGGGAUGCAGAAUUGCUUGAAGUGUUCAUUUCAGGUUCUUCACACAGUUAUCAAUAUACUACAAAAAUUUCCAUCUUGUUAAUUAAUACUUACAAACCAUGAAUUGUCUUCACCGUUAACUUUCAUAUUCCACAAACACAUACCAAGACAACCAACAUAUCAUUUAGCACUGCUUAAAAUCCACAUUCAUUAUAAAAACCUUAACCACACAUUUGAAGUUUCAACCUAGUUCACUACUUCAUAUGACUGUGUUUUGAACAUGGCCCACAAGAAUACUCGGCAAAAAAAAAUCUUUUAGAUGAAUUUUUGUGCAGUUGACACAGUUCUCACACCUUAUUACCACUAACGAUGUUAUAUUUUUAUUGACCUUUUCAUUAAUAUUUUGUCACCCACGCCAAGACAACCAACAUAUCAGUAAAUGUUGUUUUUUUUUCCAAUUUCUAUCCUACCUUCAAAUCCUUUACAUGCUAAUAAAAGCAAUUGUUACUCUGUACUGUUAAGUAGUGCGCACAGAAACUGUACUCACUGUACAACAUUUUGUAAAUAUUUGUGUACAUUUUGACUGAAUAAAUACAAA